GAUUUUUUUUAUCUCACGAAAACAAGAGAGCAACGAUCGAGUAUUUUAUGAUCGAGACAGAAUUUAACUAUUGACCCGAUAAAAAUUUUUUGAUAGGCGAAAAUUAAAAAUAUUCCUAAUGGAAAACGAGCAUGUUUCUUUAUCAGAAAUACAAACGGACAGAUCCCUCAGUAGUAGGACCUCUGUUAAUGAUUUCGAGAACAGAAACGGAAGUUCAGAGGACUAUGAAAAUGAACAUGAUCGAAAGGUUCGAGACGACCUCAAUUUAACUUUAGAUCUUCAAAAUGUAGAGAUUACUGAAAACGGUGAUAUUUUAUACGGCAAUACAUUCGAAAAACUAUCAGCUAACGCAGAACAACCAGAGAAUUCGUUACUUACGAAUAAAAAUUAUCGAGAGUUUGACAACAACGAAACUGAGGAAUCCAAAUAUAUAGAUCGUGCUCUUCGGGAGCGUAUUAAUUCAUUAAACGAAUUGAUGAUGUACUUGAGAGAGGAAUUAAAAAAAGAAGCUACUCUCUGGAGAAAAGAAAGAGAAGAAUUUCAAUUAUUGAGAGAGCAAAGCGAUAUUUAUGCAUUAGAGGAAGCUACUGCAGCUGCACGUGCAGCUGCAGCUGCAUAUGCAGCCGAAUCUCCUCUUUCUAAUGAUAUAGAUUAUAUUGUUGAUGUAACAUCGGAGAAAGCAUUAACAGAGCUUACGAUAUUAGAAUACGAGAAGAAACUUGCAAAAUAUCAGGAUACAUUAGCAUUAGCCCAAGCAGAGAAACGUUAUAACAUGCAUCGUCAAGUGGUUGCUAAAGCUUAUGAACGGAGAUUGGCAGAAAUCGAGCAACUGUGUAACGAAGAAUUGAAAAAGAUUCAACAAAAUGCAAGUAACUUGCAACCGCUUAGAGAAAUGAUGUCGCAAUGGUAUACCGUUAACAGAAAUCACGGGGACACAGCACAAGAAUAUAAUUUCAACGUAACAGAAAGCAAAAAUAAUUCGGCUUGCACUGUAACGGAAUAUUCUAAUUUCCACGUGAUCAAUGCGGAGGCAAAUAUGAUACCAGAGAUUUUAGUGACAAGAUAUAACAACGACGAUCUUUCAAAAGGCGAUAAAUCUUAAAAAAGAAAUUUUCGAGAUUUUUUUAAUAUGUAUUGUAAAUCAAUUUCAUGCGAUUGUUUCACAAUAUGAAGCAGAUCUGAGAUUAUUAGACCGACGACGAAUUUGUAAAACGAUCAUUUUUGCUGUAAUAAAAUUUCGAGUAUUUUUUUAUAUACAUAAAGAAAGAAUAAUCGAAUUAUUUUAAUAUUAAAAAGUAUACAAAAAUGAAGAAGUAAAAACAAAAAUCUGAAUGAUCGACGAUCGCUCAUCGAACGGAUACGUUUCUUUUCGAUACGGAUCUCCCUUCAGAAUGAACGUUUAGUCAAUUUAUUAACACCACUCAAUUUCUUCUUGCCAAAAAUGAGAAUACACGUUUUUACGAUCGCGCAGUUCUUGCGAUUUACGAUCGUACCGCCACGAUAAGAUUCGUGAGACGUGGCAACG